ACAAAAACUAUGGACGUGUUAUCUCCACCAAUCAUAAAAAUACGAAAUAAGCUCUUUCGUAAAAAUCCAACGCGAUCCGCCACUUCUGAAAUACUACCUGUUGGACAUCUGGAAGAAGAAUUCGAUGCCAUCGAUGUUGAAGCUGAUAGUGAAAUUGAAGUUGACCAUGUCUGUCAUAUUGUCGGUAGAAUCGAGUCCAGGCCAGACGGAUUUGUGGCUCAAUUGUACGUCCCGCCAGUCUUCUAUGGAUUUAUUAUUGGUGCAAAGCACGCGAAGCAAUCAGAACUUCAAACUGAAUUUUCUUGUAAAUUAAAAAUCCCUGACCUGAGGUCUUCCAGUUCACAUAUUCAGGUUUCAGCCAAAACCGAAGCAAAUAUUCGCGGGGUUUUUAAUCGAAUUAAAUGGAUAAUAUCUAAAUCGCGUCCACAAAUGAGGCCCACCCACUUCAUCUGCCUUCCAGGUACCAAUGAAGCUCUAAGGGACGCCUAUGUAUCCUUUAAAAAAGAAGUACUUGAACUCGUAGAAAGAGACAAUGAAAGAGCCUACCGUGGUAUCGAUGCUGAUCUUUUCGUAUCAGAACACAAACUGCAUUUCACUUUAGCAACACUCUUUCUUGCCGAUCAGCGAGAAGUCAAGCUGGCAUCUCAACUGCUAACAACAUUUAUGGACACAACUGAAGAGGGCAAGGCCUUCGACAGAACUCCAUUGCGGUUAACCAUCCGCGGUUUCGACACAAUGAAUGAUGAUCCAAGGUCCGCCCGAGUCCUCUAUAUGACGCUUCACGAAAACGCUCAAAGCCGUCGCCUCCAGAGUUUAGCGAAUGGACUGGCCGAUUUGUACACUCGAAACGGCCUUCACAGUGGUAAUAGACGCAUUGGAGACCCAGUGAAGCUCCACAUGACUGUUCUCAACUCUCGACUGCGCGCAGAACGCCAGCGUUCUCGAUUUUCCGCGGAUGGGGCUGUCUCCCUCCCAAGUGAGCCGAGCUCAGAGCCCUUCUCUGCUAUCGGUCUCCUGUCAGCCUACGAAACACGGCGUGUUAUUGAGAAUGUUCAGUUUGAGGAAGUUCAACUAUGCAAAUUGCUCGCUGACGACAGUGAGGACCAGGGGAACUCUUUCUACCCAUGCGUUGCCAAACUCUGCUUGACCACCUAA